GUCGCGAGAGAAAGGAAAACAAGCACCUCCGUUGUGGUCGCUUUAUUUUGCAAAAAAUAUACUAUCAAAAAGUGAAAUUCUAGCCCGAUACUAGUGAAAAAGCACGAACGAAGGUGCGCUGCAACUAUUGCAACUGUUUUUGGCUGGUUUUGUGCGUGAAGAACACCAAAAAUGUGCAUUUGAAAAAAGUGAAUCCUACUAUCAGUACCGUGCUUAUAUAUAGAGACCUAACUAGUCGAACAUGGAGAGAAUGGAAGUCGAUGAUAAUGUCGUUGACUUGAGUGUCGGGUCCGGUCGGGAUUCGCUGACGAUCACUCCAUCGACGGCCCGGGAUUUGCGUGCUCUGACACAAAACUCGGGUCUUACCAUAACACCGGCGCCCCCUCCCCCCUCGGCAUCUUCACCGUCUGCAUCGGGCAGUACUUCUCCCGUUCCUGGAAGACGUGUCCUUCGUCCGCGUACCGAACCAAAAUCUUACGCUGAAGUACCCGAUAUAGUACUGCUGCCGGCUAAGGUAAAUGGUCGCUCGUACAAUGGUGCUGCGGCAGCAGCUUUGUCCGAAUCGGAAGACGAUGAAAUGCCUCCGGUGUUUCCUAUCAAAGAGCUCACCGCAGCGGAGAUUUGGGAACGGGAACGGGGGCUUCGCAAACUACGUGAAGAACUGCGCAGUGAAGAAACCAAACUCGUGCUACUGAAAAAACUAAAACAGUCUCAACAAGUGAUGAUGAAGGAAAAUUUGAUUGUGACUCCGAGCAAUGUGAAUAUGAACAAUCCACUGGCUUCAAUACCAGCAGCCCUGACGAAAGGUUCGCUAAGUGUUACGCCGACGAAUGCGAUUCCGUUGCCUGCACAUUCGAAAUCUUCUAAGGCUGUCACGGCAAUGCCGGUAAAUUGUUUCUAUUUCAGUCGUGGUUCUCCUAUAAACAUCACUCCGGUAACGAAACCACCAGCUAGACAACCGUCACUUCCAGGAGGUGCGACUCUGACUCCUAGCACUCCUGGUCAGCGGCUUCCAAUGGGAUUGACCCGAACUGGAUCUAAUCUUACAAUUACACCCUCGGUUACAAUCACUCCAACCAAUGCUCCAUCUAGCAGUGUCAAGCAGCGUAAUCUACCGAAUAGUAGCACUAUCGGCGGCAAUAAUCUUAAUAUGGAUACUAAUUUGAAGGUACAGUCCGGCCAGAUUAGCAACUCGGUGUCUAUCACUCCAGCACCACCUAUCCCAGCACAAAUCAGUUGCACAACGGUGGAACCGGUUUCGCUUAAACGCGAUCGAGAAACCAGAGAUGACACACAAACCCAGGCGCAACGCCAAGCUGCAGCCAAACUAGCACUUAGGAAACAACUGGAGAAAACUUUACUACAGAUCCCACCGCCAAAGCCUCCACCACCGGAGAUGCACUUCAUUCCGAACCCGAGCAAUACCGAAUUCGUGUACUUGUUGGGGCUCGAACACGUCGUCGAUUAUCUUACCAAGGACAAAAAACCGAACCUACCACAGCAGCCGUAUCGCUGUGCUCAAUGCAAAAUCGACUUCACCCCGGUUUGGAAAUGGGAAAAACAGGGUAAAAGAGGAAAUCCCACUUUUCAGAACAGUCCAGUCGGUAAGGAUCCGAAGGUUAUCUGCGAACAAUGUGUAACGAGUAAUGUUAAGAAGGCACUCAAAGCCGAGCACACUAAUCGUCUGAAAACUGCUUUUGUGAAAGCACUGCAGCAGGAACAGGAGAUCGAGGCCCGGUUGGCAACUCAAAGUAGUCCUUCACCGGUGGAUAUUCGCCCAACACCUUCGUCUACACCGAACUUGCGAGAGCAACGUGAAUUACAACUCGAACAGCAACAACAACAGCAGCAGGAGCGCCAACAAGCACAAGAACGCCAACAGCAGCAGGAACGUCUGCAACAACAGGAACGCCAAGCAGCAGCACAGCGCCAGAAAGAGCAGGAACAGUUACGCCAGCAGCAGCUCCAACAACUGCAACAACAACAGCUCCAGCAGCAGCUUCAGCAGCAACAGCUGCAACAGUUGCAGCAACAACAAGAACAGCAACAACGUGUCCACCAGCUGCAACAGCAGCACGCUCAUCACCAAUCGCAACCAUCGAAGUCGAAAACGCCAACCCCCACGCCUCGACCGACACCAACCCCACCGAGCCAGCAGACUCCGCCACCGCAAUCGAGUUCACGAUCCAGUCGGCACAGUGCCACGGCCAAUGCGGCAGCGGAAGCAGCGGCUGCACAGCUAACGGCUCUUGCCGGUCUCGGAGGACUGGGUCAGUUGGGAGCUCUAGGAAACUUGGGUAGCCUGGGCAAUCUGAAUCCGACUGCGGCGGCAGCUGCGAUGCAGGCCUUUCAGCAGCAAUUGUUCAGAGGCCUUCAGCAAGGGCUUUCCGCGGGCAAUCUGAACAAUCUACAGGCACAUAUGAUGCAAUUUUCACCGCUGAUUUAUUCGUAUCAGCUUGCGAUGGCACAAGCGGCCGCAUCCCUAUCAGCGGCCGGCAAGGGAGGCGGUGGUGGCGGCAGCAGCGGUGGGGGCAGUAGUAAUUCCGCAGCUGCCACCGCAGCGUCGAUAGCCGAGAUGCAACGAGCCAUGGAAUUGCAGCGUCAGUAUCUGGAGAUGCUGCCGCAGAGUGGACCUAGCAACAACCGUCAGUCUAAUUGGAAAUCAUAAGCGCUGUGCGGCUGUGCACCAUUUGUCUCGUGACGGGCGGACGGCUCCAGUCCAGAUUGUUACUUUGUCUUACCUAUUAUUGCUCCUUACGUAAAAGCCCUCGGAUCUUCGAUCCUCUGGGGUUUCCCGUUGUUGGUUUCUUCGUUUCAAACUCACAAAUUGUUCAAAAGUUGUGGUGCGUAUACAAUAUUUAGUUUUUAACUUCGUUUAGUUUUUUUUACGAUAUUUUAACUGCAUCAUAAUUCUUUGGUUUUCUAACUGUGAGAAGCAUCUAGCUUUUAAUAGGUAAUAACGAAAAAAGUGAGAAAAGUUAAGCUUGUUUGUGCACACUUCGCUCCUUCGCAGAAAAAAUGUACGCAAGAGAUAAAGUUAGUUUUCUAGAGUACAAUUUCGUUUGUGUCCUAUUUCUCCAACCGUGAGGAAUGUCGAUGUACACAGUUUCUAUGAUUUAAUAUUUGAAUUUAUUUUCCACGUUUUUCGAUUGGAGCAAAACUGUCAAUACAUUUAAGAAUGAUGAAUAGUAGGUUUAUGGAGAUCAUAUUCAGUUUUGAACAAAGUGGUAGAAAGUGUGGGCUCUAAUUUAUGUUAUGCUGAAAUCUCAAUUCUCGACGAACAUUACAAAAGGUCCACUGCACGAUAAUCGAUUUUCUCUUUAGAGCACGACAGCUCCGUAAACAAAUUUCCGGUUAUGUUCUACCCACAAUUCGCUAAAAGAAGGUAUACUUAUUUGCAACUUUAGCUUGAAUACCCCCCAAAAGUGCAAAAAACUGUGAUAAAAGGACGUGUUUCUGUCAAAUCGUCUUGGAGUCUUCGGCGCACUCAUUUCUUUAUUCAAAAGGAAUAAGAGCGCCGAAGAUACCAAGACAACUCUACGAAAAUGCGCAUUAUUAAAUAACAUCUACAACGUCAAACACAGCUGGAAUCGUAUUUGUAGCCGAGUUAUAAGCGAAAGAGGGAGUCAAUCAGUAAAUAUACGAUACAUUGGAUCAUUUGCAUUGUUCAGCGUUUCUCGUUUUUCAUUUGUAUACGUUAGUUACAUUGCACAUUUUGCUCCGCAAAGUUUUUUAAGACAUUUGAGCCUAAUCAAAUAAACGAAAUGAAAAAAAAAACGGUUAUUGCAUAUCACCAUUAGGGUAAAGUCAAUCCUGUUAUAAAUAGAUAUAAAGAUAUUUGAUUCAUUACAGGAUCGAAGUUGCCUCAAGCGUCUACCAGUUUUCAACUUCACUUCCUCUCCUCUCUGCCCACACUAGAUAUUGCUCUAUUCGUAGUUGUUAAUCCACGGAACAAAUGAUAUUACUUGCUCAAUCCUAUCCCAGAUAGCAUAAACAUAGUACACGGAAUUUAUGUCUUAUCCAUUCAUUCAAGUCGAACCAACAGCCAAUACAAUUAAACAUUAAUCAUUAAAUCGACAUCAAUACCCAUAGUUCCAUACCAGCAAAAAACACAGAAGCAACAGAGCUCAAAAUUGCAUGAAAAAAAUCGUUCCUCUCGUUUUGCCGAUAUGUGGAAAAGAAAUUGUGAAGCAUAACAGUUAAUCAAAACUAUAUUGCAAAAAACACUUACAAACUAAAAUACGUAUGAAUACUUAACAGUAAACACACAGAGAGAAAAGAACCGCAAUCGUGUAAGUAAAGUGUGUGACAUUUAGAACUGACAUUUUUCCAGGAGAGAAGUGCAAAAUAAAGAAAAAAUAGAUACUUACUUCAUUUACAAUUUGGUUUGGAGAAACGAAAACUCUGAGAGGUAACUGUAGUCAAGUUUAGAUUUUUCAGAAAGAAACAAACACAUUUUUAGGCCAAAGUAACAAAAUUCUAACUAAAAGGUAAGACAAAAAAACACGUACUUUUAAGGCAGAACCAGCGAUAGAGAAAUUAUAAUCUUAUAAGGAAACGAACGUUGUGAAACAGUUCUCAGUUAUUAAGUUGAGCGCAAAAUCUCAGUAAAGUGUAACAUUUUGAAGAGUGACGGCAGAAACGAAUGGUAAAUCUUAUCUUAAUUUCGUGCGAAAGGUAACAAAUUUAGGCAUAUAAUUUGCAUAAGUUUCCCCUCGGCGAUUGCGUCGGUCGACCGUGUUAUGCGGUAGAAAAGUAUGUUAUCCAAACAACGUGUUUUAAUUUUGACUUGGUAGAGUGCUUGCAAGAAUAAGAAAGACGAAGAAAAAAAAGGCAGUAGUUUUCAGUGCUUCUCUCUUUUUAGGAAUCAACAAUUUUCAAGAUUGGUCUUCUAAUGAUACAUAUUGAAAUAUUUGCUAAAAUAGAUGUCCUUCUUCAAGGAUCAUUGGAAAAUGAUUAA